AUGGCAAAACAGGAACAAAUCGAUAAUAUUGCUUACUAUACUAAUCAUCCCAUCAAACGAAGUUCAACACCUUCUUCAAUGGUUCCAUCAAUAGUUGGUACGAAUACUGGCAUGCCAUUUAGUGUAACAGAUAUUUUACAACCCUUAGAUGUUGAUGCAUCAACACCUUAUAAACGUUCACUUGAAAUGGCACAUGCUUUAGCAUCAUCAUCAUCAUCAAUUUAUAAUUCUCAACGUCCAUCAACAAGUGCUACAUCAGCUAGUCUUUGCAAUCCAUCAUUUGGACCAUCAUCCGUACAUAGUAGUUAUUAUGGUCCAACAGCAACAUCAACAUCAGCAUUUUCUCCUAAUAAUCAAUAUUAUGAUUAUAGUAGUACAUUACAAAAUAGUGGAAAUACAAAUACAGUAACUGGACAAUAUUCACCAAGUUCAUGUUGGUAUGGAUCAGCUGCAAUGUCUCGAUAUUUAGUUGGUUCAUCAUCAGCUGUUGAUAGUGCAGCAUUAGCUGCAAGUGUAUAUGGACAUCAUCAAGAUCCAAUGAUGAAAUCAGCAUAUGCACAAUUUCCAUUUGUAUCACAAAAACGUAAAAGACGUAUUUUAUUUAAUCAAGGACAAAUCUAUGAAUUAGAACGACGUUUUAAACAACAAAAAUAUUUAAGCGCACCUGAACGUGAAAAUCUUGCAAAUAUUCUUCAAUUAACACCAACACAAGUUAAAAUUUGGUUUCAAAAUCAUCGAUAUAAAACAAAAAAACAAGCUAAAGAACGUGAAAAACUUGAUGCGAAACAAUUUAGAAAAGAUCAUCAUCAUCAUCAUCAUCCUCAACAACAACAACAAUAUCAACAACAACAACCACAUCAAUUCAGAUAG